GUCAGUUCGCAAACAUUUGCUUGCAGCAGAAAAAAGGACAUGUUAGUAGCUGCUGGCAGCGUCGCCUAAUCGUUCGUUCCGACGGGCUAACGGACGCUUUUGGUAUAUGGGCUACUAUGCCCAAAGAGGAAGAAGACGACAUUGAGCUGUGUAGCUACAGGCCGGGCUCAGAGUGAUGUGUGUGAACGCUGACGCGCGGGAGUUAUUUAAUGUUUAGCUAAAAUGCGGGAGAUGGUGGCGUUACCGAGCGCGAGCGCUCCCUUCUUGUCGUCUAGGACAAGAUGGCAGCAGCAGUGCAGGCGAACUGUGCAUGCUAUGGCUUUAUAAGUCCAUAACAUGUUCACAGAAGCCCUGGAUGAUACUAAUACUUACUCUAUGUGAAGGUAUGGCCUCACAGGUCUUGGUCUACCCACCACACAUUUAUCAAACCCAGACAAGUGCCUUUAGCAGUGUGAAGAAACUCAAAGUUGAGCCCAGCAGCUGUGUCUACCAUGAGCGAGUACACCCUCGGACUUAUCUAAACAGCAGAUCCCUCGGCAUUGUGCAUCAAACAAAACAAGCCCACACAUUUGUAAACCAUCAUUUGACAGGGGCUGUCAAAGUGCGUGCUGGACAAGAGCAUCCGGUGCAGACUGUGGUGGUGCGUGGCGUACAGAGACAGCAGGCCAGCAACAAAGGAGGAGGAACAGGUCAAGUUGAAGCUCAGCGGCAAUUGGAAGCAAGAAGUGUCCUUUGGCAAGAGCACGAGCAGACAGACGCAUCAAGUGGAGGCAGCAGUGGAGCAACAGGGGCAAGUGGAGGGGGACGGGGAGAGGCCUGUGGCAGAGGAGGUGAGGGGUGUGAAGAGGAGGGCGUUGACAGAGACGUGAACGGUGAAGGUUUAAACUCAGCUGAUAGUGUUCAGCGAUGUGGGCUGAAACGUAAAAGUGAGGAGCUGGAUAACCGAGGAAGCACCAUGCAGAUUGUGGAGGAAUUGUCUAUGUUGCCUGCGAUGUUGCAAACAUCGAAUGUGGGGAACGCGGCCGUGACUGCACCUGCGACCGUCGUCCCUGGAGGAGGCCCUUCCAAACAGGGUGUGGGACCUGGUGGUGUUGGUGCAGCAGGUGGGACAGGAGGAGGAGAUGGGGACUAUCAGGUAGUACAGCAUGAAGUUUUAUGUUCCUUGAAGAAUACUUAUGAAGUGCUGGAUUUCUUGGGACGUGGCACAUUCGGACAGGUUGUAAAGUGCUGGAAGAGGGGCACAGGAGACAUUGUAGCUGUGAAAAUACUCAAGAACCAUCCUUCGUAUGCACGGCAGGGUCAAAUCGAAGUUGGUAUCCUCGCUCGUCUGAGUGGGGAAAAUGCAGAUGAACACAACCUGGUGCAAGCUUUUGAGUGCUUCCAGCACCGUAGCCACACCUGCCUUGUGUUUGAGAUGCUCGAACAGAACCUGUAUGAUUUCCUAAAGCAAAAUAAAUUCAGCCCGCUGCCUCUGAAAGUGAUCAGGCCUGUACUCCAGCAGGUAGCCACAGCUCUGAAAAAACUGAAGACCAUGGGUCUUAUUCAUGCAGACCUCAAGCCGGAGAACAUAAUGUUGGUGGACCCAGUGAGGCAGCCAUACAGGGUGAAGGUGAUAGACUUUGGCUCAGCCAGUCACGUGUCCAAAGCAGUUUGCUCCACGUACCUCCAGUCUCGGUACUAUAGGGCUCCAGAGAUUAUUUUGGGAUUGCCAUUUUGUGAAGCCAUAGACAUGUGGUCCCUAGGCUGUGUGAUAGCUGAACUUUUCCUAGGCUGGCCACUUUACCCUGGGGCCCUUGAGUAUGAUCAGAUUCGCUACAUAUCUCAGACACAAGGUUUGCCAGGGGAACAUCUUUUGAAUGCUGGGACAAAGACAGCACGAUUCUUUUGCAGAGAGUCAGACUCACCUUAUGCAGCCUGGAGACUGAAGUCAACAGAUGAGCAUGAGACAGAGACGGGGAUGAAAUCAAAGGAAGCAAGGAAGUACAUCUUCAGCUGUUUGGAUGACAUAGCGCAUGUGAACAUGGUGAUGAAUCUGGAAUGUAGUGACUUGCUUGCGGAGAAGGCUGAUCGCCGAGAAUUUGUGGGCUUGUUGAAGAAGAUGUUAUUGAUUGACGCUGAGGAAAGGAUCGCCCCAGCCGAUGCUCUCAGUCACCCCUUUGUGACAAUGCAGCACCUGUUUGACUUUCCGCAUAGCAAUCAUGUGAAGUCAUGUUUACACAUUAUGGAUGUGUACUGGACGCGUGCCAGUGUAUAUGAGGUGGCCAAUAGAAAUAAAGGUAAUUUUGUCAGACCUGUGACCACAACUCCUGCUGCUGCCGUCUCAGUGAACCAUCCCUUCAACAAGAUGACUGCUGUUCACACUCAAGGGUUAGCACCAUCAGCCCCUUCAGUGAUGCACACUGGGAUACCAUUGCAAACUGGAAGUGGUCAGUUUGGAUGCAGUGAUUCAUUUCAACAAGCACUCAUUCUUUGUCCCCCAGCCAUUCAAGGGAUCCCUGCCAGCACAGCUAAACCAGGUGGCUACUCAGUAUGCAUGGAGGCUUCCGUGCCUCUGGUCACCCAAGCACCCCCCAUCCAGCCCAUACAAAUUAGACCUGGGAUCAUCACGCAAACUUGGUCCAACCGUGCCCAACAAAUCUUGGUGCCCACUUGGCAGCAGGUGCCCCCACCACCAACCACUUUGGCAUCUGACACAGUGUCGGGCUCACAAAGAUUGGGCGAGUGGGGGAAAUUACGUUCCCAUGGUAACCAUUACAGCUCCAUGAUUGCCCACCCUCAGCCUUUGCUAACCAACCAAAUGACUGUGUCUGCCCACCAGCCAAUCAACAUUGGCAUUGCACAUGUGGUAUGGCCUCAGCCAGGUGCCAACAAGCGAGCCAAACCCUGUGCUAACAGUCUGGUGCUGUUUUUGUUCUGUAGGGGCAACAUCCUUUCCCAAAAUACAACCAUCCAAAAUUCAGUAUGCCAGUCUCCAAAGAUGGCUGACACAGCAAAGAAUGUGGCAGAAGAAGCCAGUUGUCCAGAGGAUGGCCAAGUUGCUGGAAAGCAGCAUGGGAAAAGCCAAGUGCGGGAAGAGCGUGAUAGUUUCUGCAAGGCGGAGCAACCCUAUGAGGAGCUUUUGGAGUCUCAGGAACAGCGGCAGGCCAUGGUGAUCUCUGACUUUGGUAGCCCAACUGUCAGCGUGAUCAGUAUCAGCAGUGACGAUGAGGAGAAUGAACAGACGCACUCGAUAAGGGAGUGUAAAGGUAGUGCAGAUUGUGAGGCAUGUCAAAGCACUGUUAGUAUGGAGAGAGUAUGUUCACUCAGCAGUCCAGACAGCACGCUCAGCACCACCUCAUCAGCCUCUGCCCAGUCCAGCAGCUCCCCUUGCAAACACCCAAACAGUAUGUCAGACGAUGAACAGGAGAGUGGGUGUGACACCGUUGAUAGCUCGCCAGGCUCAGAUGCCUCUGGUCAAAGCAGAAGUCCUUUCACAGAUCGAUGCUACAUUGCAGACCCCAACCAGAACUGUGAGCCCCGUGUUGCAUGUGUUGCUCCAGAGACUGAACCCAACAAGCCAACCGUCCGUACCGUUGUGGUGCCUCCAAUGAGGGUGCAGAACAAAAACAACUCUGCCAUUCGGCAAAGACCUGGCAACACGGCUUUAGAGUCUUCAUGCCAGUCCAAAGGGCGAGGGAUUCGUGGGCGACAGCAUCACCACUCCACUCCACUCCUCAACCGGCCUCAGAAGAUCAACCCUGCAUUCCAGCAACAACAGGCUAUAGGCUUUGGGCAGGUGCAGCAUUUCGGAUCCUGCCACCAGGAAUGGAACGCCAGUUUUGCACCCCGGAGACCACAAGCCUAUAUCCCUCCGACCAUACAUGGACACACAUUCACCCUGUCCCACGGCAGCCCAAACCACACUGCAGGCCCUCACCCUCACCUUGGUGCCCAUCCACACUCACAGCCUACUUUAUUGUCCUAUCCUCCAUCUGGCCCACUGGUUACAGCUCCACCAAUGGCCCAUCUCCUGGCUUCCCCUGGGGCCUCGCGUCCCAUCCUCCAGCCCACCUAUGGCAUCUCUCACCCAGCAGGUAUUGUGCAUCAGGUCACAGUGGGCAUCAACCCGCGUCUCUUACCCUCCCCUACCUUGCACCCACAGGGCCAGUUCAAGCCCCUCUUUGCCCCGCACUCCUACAUUGCCUCACCUGCCUACACCAGUUUCCCUCUCAGCCCCACCAAAAUAAACCAGUACCCAUAUAUCUGAGCAUCAAUGCCCAGAUACCCUUCUUACCACCUGAGGGCUAUGUCAGCAGGGCAAAUUCUUUCUUAAACCACAAACCAAGUGGUUUUCAUUUCCAAAACCAUGGCACAACCACAGAGAAAA